AUGAUAUCGGUUUUAUAUUCUGUUGUACUGCAGAGCCUUUACAACCUGAGGGCUAGGAAGGUUGUUGUGGUGAAUGUGGGACCCAUUGGAUGUAUACCAUAUCAGAGAGAUACAAAUCCUGCGGCUGGGGACAGCUGUGUGGAACUCCCAAAUCAGCUAGCAAAGUCAUUCAACACCCAAUUGAAGAGCCUUGUUUCAGAACUCAGCACCACUCUUGAGGGAUCAAAGUUUGUUUAUGCAGAUGUUUAUAACAUUGUCCAAGAUAUCAUUGACAACUACAAAACAUAUGGUUUUGAGAAUCAAAAUUCUGCAUGCUGCUACAGUGCUGGGAGAUUUGGAGGUUUGAUUCCAUGUGGGGCCCCAUCAAAGGUGUGUUUGGACAGAUCAAAAUAUGUGUUUUGGGACGCAUACCAUCCGUCUGAUGCAGCUAAUGUUAUAAUUGCAAAGCGUCUAUUGGAUAGAGACUCUUCUGGCAUUUCACCUGUGAACGUUUGCCAACUUUGCCAAUCUUGAAUCUUGAUCCACCAACUCCAAUCCAAAAUUAAUGAAAUAAAAUUUGUAUCAUGUUAUAUCAUUACAUUUCUAUAUUUAAUAACC